CGCAAGUGUCACAUCUGAAAUGAUUUUGCAUUAGGGAUUUCGAUGACCGGUAAGAGCUAUUACAAAGGAAAACGCCUUCUCAAACACAACAACUACGCGGAAAGCCAGUUCUCGCCUUCUCCUUGCCCAUCCUUGAACUGUUACAGCCUAUGAGAUGGAAGUUUCUCCUGAGUGUGCACUGCUGUCACAUACUGAUAAAGUGAGGUCUUCAGAUAUUGGCAGUCCAAAGAAGCAUUGUUAAUGAUUGCAACAGAUGACACAUACAAAUAUUUCUGGAGCAGACAAGGUAAUGGCUUCCCAGUGGACUCGGGCAAACAGUGCAGAGAAGGUGCCCCACACUCGAAUAGAGGAUGAAUCCAGCAUACAGAAAAUCUAUUCCUUUGGGAGGAUAUUAGGUCAAGGCAACUUUGGGGUCGUCUGUGAAGCCACUCACAUUGAGACGCAGAGGAAGUGGGCAAUUAAGAAAGUGAACAAAGAGAAGGCAGGCACUUCUGGUGUAAAACGUCUGGAAAGAGAAGUGAGCAUAUUGAAACAAGUGAAACAUGAACAUAUUAUACACCUGGAGGAAGUCUUUGAGACACCGAAGAGGAUGUACCUUGUGACUGAACUUUGUGAGGGAGGUGAUCUGAAUGAUCUCCUGCAGAAGAACAAGCGUUUCACUGAGGAGGAGACCAGACAUAUCAUCAGAAGCUUAUCUGAAGCUAUUGUUUAUCUGCACAAAAAAGACAUCGUUCACCGUGACCUCAAACUGGAAAACAUUCUUGUGAAGAGUUGUCACCAAGGCAACGAUAACGAUAUGGUCAAUAUCAAGGUCACAGAUUUUGGACUCUCCGUGCAGAAAGGUGGUGUGGGCAUUGAGAACAUGCUGCAGGCCACCUGUGGGACGCCCAUCUACAUGGCACCUGAGGUGAUUAAUGGUCACCAGUAUAGCCAACAGUGUGAUGUGUGGAGCAUCGGCGUCAUCAUGUACAUGCUGCUGUGUGGAGAGCCUCCUUUCAAAUCGAGUUCUGAGGAGAGACUUUCUGAGAUGAUUAAAAAAGGGGAGCUCACUUUCUCUGGGCCUGUGUGGUGCACCAUUAGUGAUGCAGCCAAAAACGUAUUACAAUCUCUGUUGAAAGUUGACCCAGCUCACCGCAUCACAGCCAGUGAGUUGCUAGAUAACCCUUGGAUUGCGGGGGACACCUCCACCACCGCCACACAAACAAAUGUCUUGGAGAUGAUGCGUCAGUUCCGGAACGCUCCAGAGGAUAAAGAGUGUGUGGAGUUGAGUGAGGGGCUGCACAACCUCUCUGUCAUUCCCUCUCAGGACAGAGGACCUCCAGAACUUUUAGAAACCCCAGCACCUCAUAUGGAGGAAGACACAGACAACAACUGCAGCAAACCUUCCUCUCCCAACAAGAAGCCUCUGAAAAAGAAAUUAUCACACCCAUCUUCUAAUGGUGUAAAGAAGAGUGGAUCUAUUGCAAAGGCCUGCAGCACCCUCAACACAUCCACCGCACAGUCCCACACAGGUAACAAACCCCAUGCUCAGCCAAGCACAAAGAGCUACAGCAAGGCCUCUUCCAUCUCAGGAUCCUGCCUUAAAACAUCAUCACCAGCAGAAGCAGUCACUGCAGCAUCCAACUCAAGCAGGCGCGAAAGCUUGUCCCCACGGCCCUCCAUCACUUCCAUCCACCAUUCCACCAAUCCAGCCUCUGGCUUCCUGGUUAAAAAACACAGCUAGACCUAAGUGUUGAGACUGGUUGAGUGGUCGUAUCAAGUGCCAAAGGUUAGGAAUGCUUUUCCAGGUGUCCACUGGGGUGUGGUGGGCCUGUUGGAAAUAGUAAAGAAGUAAAACUGUAUUUUAUCCACUCAUGUAAAAAUGUGCAUGUGUAUUUGGCAAAGAGGUGAGAUGACAUUUUGAGCAUUUUUAGUCUACUUAUGCCAACUGCAAACUACAAGACUACAAGCUCGUCGCCCUGCACACAUUUAAAGACUCACAGUUUCUUGUGUUCUGUCAUGUUGGUGCAUACUUAACACAACUAAUCACAGAUUAGGUGCGUCAAUUACAAGGGCAUUCUCCCUGACUGUGGUUAUUAUCCCGAAAUUCGUUAUCACAAAAAUUCAUGCACAUUGCGACGCAGAUGUGAUGGUAUCACAAUGUGUCAACAAAUAACCUGAAGGAAGGGUUUGUGGAUGUUUGCACAGAUCAAAAAUAAUACAAAUAAAGAACCAAAAAUAUAUAAAACAGUGCUUAGAGAGACGUGGGUAACAGUUUGAUGAGUUUCUUUUUUCCACUUCCCAAUGCAUAGUCCUUCUCUUAUGCCCUUUCACUCUCUCAUAGUUUCAUUGGCUGUUGUUAAUUGGUGCUCUCUCAUUAGUCAGUACAUCUGACAAUUGGUCAGACAAAUUUCAAACCAGAAAUGUUUUGUAGUGUCUGCAAUUUGUUGCAGCAUGUCUCUCAACAAGUGUGCACACUUCGAGCAAUGGUGGCGGGCACGUGCUGUGAGUUGGCUACAAUCUGUUUGUUUGUUUUUUGUCACCUACACAAAAAUUUAAUAGUGUGCACUUGGCUUUAUUAGGGUGCUUCUUAAUAGUUAUGUUGCCCUUUGUAUGAUUUGGACACAGGUCUUCUCUUUUGAGGAUGAGAUACAGGGUUUUUCUCCACUGCCCUCAGGCUCACAGUCAUUUUAGCCCCCCAAAAAACCCCUACAUGCUGCUUUAGUUUUUUGGACCUGGAACAUAUCACUGUGAUAUUGCCCUAUAUGACAUAAUAAUAUAGAUGUUUCUGUUUAUGACUUGUAUGAAAAGUCACCUUUGAGCAUUUUUAUUAGCGCAUUGACAUGCAAUUAGAGAAUAAAAGAAGUACACAUUUAUUUUUAUGAAGGACUAUGAAGAAUGUAUUGAUUUGAACAGGGUUUAAUAGCUUUACUUCUGUGUUUUGUAACCGUUAAUACUGCACAUAAUAACAGUCAUUCAAGGCAAUCUCCAAACAGAACACAGUAUUCGCCUCUUUCGAUUAAAGCAAAUGUCACAACUGUACAUCCAACAGCUAUCUUGAUGCACCUCAGGUUUAUAUAGAACCUGUUUAUUCUUUUUAUUUUUAUUUUUGUUAAAUAUGUUGUUUCAUCUCUACAGUAUAAAUCCACUUUAACUGAUCACAGUGGUCAUCUUUUUACAAAUCUUGACUGGUAGCUAUUGUACAUGAAUAGUUCUUUUUUUUAAUUAAUUUUUUUUAUUACAAAUAAACUAUUCAACAAUAACUAAUGUUGCAUUUAAUAGUUUAAUCUUUACUUUCUGUGACUCAACUACAGUUUUUGAGACCCAUAAAUUCCCUGCACAAGUUAGAUGUGCAGGAGCUUGCACCACAAAUAAAUAAAAGUCGUGGGGACUUUAAUGUUAGCCGUAUGCUAUGACUGUGAGCAGUGGGGCGCUGAAUGGUUAGACACCAUGAAGAGAGCAGGAUUGGGAGUCAAAGUGCAGGGUCUCUAAUCUUGUUGAGUGCAGCAGGGGAUACUGUGAAUACUGCACCAUUUAAGCACUGGUCUCUGCUGAAGAGAGAAUAAGCCCCAAGAUGGAUACAGUAUUCAAAUUGUCAAGCAGAACACACAGAGACUAUAUUAUAAUCCUCCUAUUUGCAUGCUGAAGUGUGAGUGUAUGUUUGUGUACAUGCCAUGGGAAUUUUAGGAGGACCUGUCCAUUCAACUCUUAUAAAUGCAAGAGGAUAUUUUUUUCUUAUACCUGUGCUCUCAUUUAUAUCUUUAAUUUGUCCAGUAAAAGAAGAUUAGUAUGGCCUUGCAUGCCUUAUUGCUUUUAUAAAACAUAGUACGUAAAUAUAAUCCCUGACAUAAAAGUUGUUGAAUAUUAUGAAGUAAAAAUAAAAAUCUCUUCUUGUUGUGAACACAUCAUAGCUGGUAAUAUAUGGUGGCUUUUAGCAUGGCUGGAACGUAAUAUUGACCGAAUCAGCAUCCAGGUCCAGAACUAUCUGUUUUAGAAUCUAGUUUUGUCAUUAGUUCACCCAAAAAUGAAAAAGCACCCUCAUGCCAUCCCAGAUGUGUAUGACAUUCUUUUUUUCUAUGAACACAAAGGUUUUUUAAGAACAUUUUAGCUCUGUAGGUCCUCAAAAAUCAAGUGAAUGGGUACCAAAAUUUUAAAGUUUAUCCAUAAGACUCCAGUGGUUAAAUCCAUGUCUUCAGGAGCGAUAUGAUAGUUGUGGGUGAUAAACAGAUAAAUAUAAGUUAGAUAAGUCCUUUUUUACUAUAAAUCCUGACUUUCACAUUUUUCUUUUGUUUUUGGUAAUUCACGGCAACUACUGGACAGGGAGGAGAAUUUAUAGUAAAAAAGGACUUAAUUAUUGAUCUGUUUAUCACCCACACCAAUCAUAUUGCUUAUGAAGACAUGGAGUUAACCACUGGAGUAUUAUGGAGUACUUUUACACUGCCUCUAUGUGCUUUUUGGAGCUUCAAAUUUCUGGGCACCAUUCAUUUGCAUUGUCAGGACCUACAGAGCUGUGUUCAGUUUGUGUUCAGCAGAAAAAAAAAGUCACAUCUGGGAUAGCAUGAGGGUCAAUGUUAAGUUAAUUUUCA